AUGAAUUUAUACAAUUAGACAUAAACAAUAGUCAAACUAUAGUGUCUCUAAAUUUUAGAUUCCAGAGAUAAGUACAAGUAGAAACGCAAUUUUUCUAUAAGUUUUAAAUUAAUAGCUGAUUAGCCGUAGAUUACAAGUGUAAUUUCUUAUAAGUUAAUUAAUUAAUAUAAUCUUGCAUAACGCGCGCGCCGCACAGGCGCCAAAAGGUGCGCAUCUUUUAUCAUUUGCAAUUCACAGUUGUUUUGAUGGAGGUAUUCACGGCGUUCACUAACAGUAUUUGCUCUUUAUUCUUAUUUGUUGAGAAUUGAUGAAAGAUAGAGGAAAAAUGCAACAAAUUUGCCGAACGUGCAUGGCCACUCACGGUGAGCUCGUGCCCAUUUUUACAAACAAUUACUAUGUGCACAAUUUACCCGACAAACUCAAGCAUAUCAUCAAAAUUGAGGUUUCAAAAGAUGAUGAUCUACCCCAAAUGAUAUGUAAAAAAUGUGUAUUCUUGGUGGAUUCACUGUACUGCUUCAAAGAUCAAUGUGAAAUGGUUGAAGUAAAACUGAAAAAAUCGUUAUUGAAAAAUCAAGUAAAUAACACAAAUAAAUUGUCAAGAUCUUGUGAUCUCAGUCUUACAAAAUUUGAAUCAAGUAGAGAUGAAGAUAAUUCUGAUGCGGUAUCAUCUAGUGAAGAUGAAUAUCACAUAGAAUAUGUAUCUGAAGAAGCUAGAUUAGCAGUAGAAGGUGCCAAGAGGUUACGUCGCAAUGCUAAAAAAAAACGUAGUUUGCAUAGUGGAGUUAAGGUAAAAUCAGUGGAAGUCUUACCUACAGAAUCCAAAAGUAAUAGUUCCAAAAAUAUUGACAAAUUAGCCAAAUAUAAUUAUAAUUUUUCUGAAAUAAAUGAGGAAACAAAUGUGACGGACAGUGAUAUAUCAUCAUCAUGUUGUACUUUUGAGGAUUCUAAGAAGCUUCCAAAUAAAAAUGAUGGAAAUAAGAAAUGGUUGAAACAAGGUUUUAAAAGAAGGCUGGAUCUAGAUGAUAGCUACAAUCAAUUAACAAAAGUACCAAAGAAAGUUAUGUUCAAGGAUAGUGAAUAUGAUGAUGAAAAUACUCAAUAUAUUGAAGUUACAGAAAAUCCAAAAGCUCAAAAAGAACUAAAACCAAAUGAAAGAACUUUGCCUUCAACAAAAAUAGAUAGCAACAUAUUGAAUAAAAAGAUUCGUAGCUUCAAAACAUCAAAUAAUUCAAUGGCAAGUACAGAAAUCUCAAAAUCUGCAGUUGAUAGCAGUAAUAAAAAACUAUAUGAGUUGCGCAUGGAGAAUCUGAUCAAACAUGUCAUUCUGAAAAAUCCAAAGUCAUGUACCAUUUGUUCAGAUUCUUUUGACACAUAUUUAAGUAUGUUAAGACACAAAAUUUCAAUGCACAUGAAUCCAGAUGAGCAGUCUUUCUACUGCCCAGUUUGUCAAGAAAAGGUUUUUUCUCAUAAGCUAUUACUUAAACACUUAGAUAAUCACAAAGAUAUUCAUUCUUUCAUGUGCGUUUUGUGUUCUGAAAAUUUCUACACUACAGAACAGAUGAGGUCUCAUUUAACUUCUCACGUGGACCUUAAUGAACUGACUUGUAUAUUAUGUAAAGUCAAAUUCGAGCGAAUAGCCACUCUCAUAUCUCAUAUAGAUAUACAUGUUAAUAAAAUGCUGGUCUGUUCGUUCUGUAUUGAUAGUUUUGACAGUAAAGAUUCACUUCAAAAUCACCUUAAUGAGGAACAUGAAGUAUCUAUAGAAAAUAAAAACCCAAUACCUUUAAUAACUGAAAAGAAAAAAUCCAGUCGCUUCCCGUGUUUACACUGCAAACGCAAUUUCGCUUCUGAAUCAGCACUUAGGGAUCAUAUAACGCAGAAACAUCAAGAAUUCGCCUGCCUCGUCUGCGACAAGAAAUUUCCUACGCAAGACGAACGAAACGAGCACACAAAACAGUGUCAUAUGAAGGCAGAUACUGAACAAACGGUGCAAACACCACCGGUAGACCGGAAAAAAUUCCUUUGUCGCGUAUGUCAUGAAAUCCUCGUAUCACGAGUAGUCUACAGUCAGCAUCUUAAAGAAAAACAUUGCAGUCCUAACUUAACUAACGAUGGGACGAAAGAACAGUCUGAUACGAAUCAGCAGUCAACUAAAGAUGGCUUUAAUUCACCAGCGUCUGAAACAACGUGAAAAUCAAAGACUCUUGCCUGACUUAUGCAAGUGAUACUUUUACGAAAGUAAAAGAAACUUUUACAACAUUGGAAAUCAUGAAGUUUGUAAAAUUAAGUGAUGAUAUUGUAAAGGUAUCUCUAUUAUACGAGAUGUUUUUUAGAUUAUAAAUUGCCGAUUGCUUAAAUAAGACGUGUAAUAAUAUUAAGAUAUCUAUGAAUUCAUAUAUAUUAAUUGAUUAAGAGGUCAAUUAGUUAUAUAAUCAUUCGAAUUUAAACAUUUAUCUAGAAAACUGAUUGAUUAAGUAAUUUUUAUAAGUUUGACUUAACAACAUUGUAUGCGCGCGUAUGAGUCAUGUGUUCAUGUAAUUAUUGAAGAUUAUUUAAUUAUGAACAUGAUAAGGUAUGUCCAUUUCAAAUAAUUAUCACUGGUAUUCCAUAGUUGAAGAUUAAAUUCCAUAGUUACAUUUAUAUAAAAAUUAAAUAUCUUAUUUCAUUUCAAGAUAAUCAGAAAAAAAUAUUGCAUAUAUAGUUAUAUUAUUUUCAACUAUGUUUGAUAUUUAUAGGGUUUAUUACAAUUUUAAGUUCAUAUUUUAAUUUUAUAAAUGAAGUUAAAUAAAUGUUGUGAAGAUUAGAUUAAAAAAGAAUUAAAAAAAUUUCAAUGAAUUUGAUUUUUAAGAAAAAAAGUAAUUGAUAAAAUUUACGCUCACCAAACGAAUGUAUGUACUCAAGAUUAUAAUAAACGAAUAUUAAUAAAGAUAAUAAUUCUGUUUUCAAAUAUACAAAUAAAUGAAGAACGUUUGUGACAUUGAUGGCUUAAUACAUGCUGCGUUAAAAAAUAAUAAAGACACUAACGAUUAGCAAUUCAAAUUAUAACUGGUGAAUUUUAUUAUUUUUUUAUAAGAUAGUUGUACAUAAAAAAGAACAAUUCACAUCACUAAUAUUUGUGCCUUGAUAUUGUGAUACGACAAUCAUACAAUCACACUGAAAUUCAUAUAUUCAUACCAGUUAAAUUUUAAAGUGGUAAUCGUUUGAUAAUGCAAAAUAAUAAUUUAAUUUAAGGAGUCCGAAAUAUAUUUUCACAAUGCAUAUAGUGUAUUAUACCUUUGAUGUAUAUGUAGCGGUGCUUCUUUUCGUAUUCUAAGUAACAAUAGUAAAUAAAAAGAAAAUGAGCUGUCUUAUUACUUUACAUAUGUCUGAUUAUGAAAAAUGAUUUUGUUUUUAUUAUUUUCUUAUUAUCCUUUGGAAGUAUUUGAUUGUAAACAGAUUUUUGUGAUGUUGAAAUGAAAAAAUAAUUAAAUAUGCUUA